UUUAUACAUAAACAGGCAAAGACAUGAGUAAAAUAUGGAAUAUAACAUUUCACAUUUUGUUUUCUCCACAUCCGAACUACCUGUGACACCGACAGGUAGCGAGCACAGCCUGUGAAACAUGCUCUGAAAAGUGAUUUGCACCCAUUAUCAGAGGAUGUGUUCUGUCAGAGGCAGUCCUGCUGUGUUUUUCCUCCAUCUCUCGCCCCCUCACUCGGUCUCAGUAUUAAUAGGCAGGAUGCUGCCGGAACCAGCGGACAUGCGCGUUGCAGGAGGAGAGGAAGCGUUUGCGCGGCGUCCCAGCGAAAAGAGAUGUUUAGUGUCGACUCCAUGAUCACUUAACUGUGCUGACAAACUCGUGUUCUGCUCACUUGUUUUUUGUGUUUUUCUUUGUAGAGAGGCGUCAGGAGUCGUUUUCCUCUCACUCGGUUUAGGUUCUGAUUAAUUAUUCAACUCUUUGCCGCAUUUGGAGCCGCUGCUUUCCUACAGAGAAAAAGUGUUAACAUUUCGGUGUUUUUCUGGAAACUGAUUGCCCCCGCCGCCACCCUGAAGUUCAUCGUAGUCAUCUUGGCCGCCGGGAUGGUGGCCUUCAUCGGAGCGGUUAUCUGCAUAAUCGCGGCUGUCCACACCGGGUCCGCCAAGGCGGCCGCGGCGCAGCGGCAGCCCGCGGCCGACAACCACUCGCUGUAUCCGGACGGGGUCGCGCAGACUCCCGCUGCCGCGAGGGGCUCCGUGGUCCGGCCCGGGUCACUGGGAGCUCUCCACGGUUCUGAAACGCCCGAAUCCGAAGCGCCCACCUUCAACGUCGGGCUUGGCGGGACGGACGGGGUCAGCGGACUCACGGGACACGAUCCCGCGGUGAGUCGACUCAUCUGCACCCCGGUCCUCGCCGGAGGAUGCAACCCCAGGAAGUUUCAGCAGCAAGCGGACGACCCGUCGCUGUACGCCGGGGAAGACUGGGGCUACCUCCGGACCACGGCGGAGGAGCUCCGGCAGACGGUCCUGCAGCAGAAGGACCAGAUUUUAACCGACCAGAGGACCAUCACGGAGCUGUCAGGGAAGCUGACCGAGUGCGAGAAGGGGCUCGGGGGAAGAAGCGGCAGCCCGGACAGACGCGGGGACGCCGCCGCACUGAGAGGCGAAAAGGGAGCCAAGGGGGAGAUCCACUUGGAGCGGAUGAUGGUGCGGGACAGCCCGGAUUCUGCGCCCGACGGGGUCCAUCUGCUCACGGUUGGAACUGUGGAUGAGCUCGAACAGGCGAUCACCCAACUCAAAGACCGCAUAGACAGACUGGAGACAGACAUCGGUCCGUUUUCUCACAACCGCACGGACAGCAAGUCCUCGGACGCAUCAGAGGAGGGCGAGCCAGAGAGGUCAACCUCUCCGGGCCACGGCGCCGGUCCCGACAGGCCCUGGAGGGUGGAGGACCUGGAAGAGGAGCUGGAGAGGAAGGUGGAGCUGCUGGAGAAGGAGAGGAAAGCCCUGAGGCUGGAGGCAGCGAAACACAGACAGGAAAUUGACCAGGGCAUCAGGAAACUACAGCACCGCCUUUCAGGCCUGGAGGAAGGCGACGCGGGGCUUUCAUUCCCGGAGGGGUUCAGGUUGUCCUUCCCGGCUCGGACAAACUACAUGUUCGCCCUGAUGAGACACGCCGUCCCCAAGCUGCGGGCCUUCACCGCCUGCCUGUGGCUGCGGCCCGCCGCGGCAGGGAUCGGGACGCCCCUGUCUUACGCUGUUGCCGAGCAACCCAACGAGUUGGUGCUCCUGCAAGACCGGAGCGCUCCGGCUGAGCUGCUCAUCGACGACAAGGUGGCGAAGCUGCCUCUGAACCUCUCUCGAGGCAGCUGGCAGCACGUCUGUGUGAGCUGGACCCAGAAAGGUGGAGCAUGGCAGGCCUACCAGGGAGGAAAGUUGAGGGGCGAGGGCCACGGACUGGCCCCGGGACAUCACAUCAGGCCUGGGGGAGAGCUAGUCCUCGGGCAAGAGCAGGAUUCCCUGGGAGGCGGUUUCGAUUCGACCCAGGCCUUCGUUGGAGAGCUGUCCCAGGUGGGCCUGUGGGAUCGGGUCCUGUCGUCCGCCCAGGUCGCCAGCCUGGCUCGAUGCAGCAGAGUAACUCAGGGCGUUGUGGUCCUCUGGAGCGAAAACAUGUUGCAAGUAUACGGCGGAGCCACCAAAGACCCCGGGGAGCCUUGCAGCAAACACAGCAAAAGCUCCCAGUGACCGGUGGAGAGAGGAUCGCAAAAGAUUCAAUUCGCCAACUAAGGCUGAUUCAGAAUGUCAGAAAAACCAUAAAUAGCAAAGCGACAUAAGCGAGUUAUAAUCUUAGCAACUUCUCUGGGGUAUUUCUGAAGGUAAAAACAGUGCGCUGCAACACCACACGUUAUUUACACAUGAAUGCAGCUGGAACAUUAGUUACUGUGUAUGAGAAAAUGUUUCAGCUUGGGUUUGCUUAGUUUGAAGUCAGAACAGGAAGAUGAAGAUGAUUUCAGAUUCUCAGCAACCCUCCUGACAGUUUGAUCAAGAAAAACAAAACUAUACUUUACCUGCCUGCUAGCUUUUCUGUCUACUUGUUUACUGUAAGCGUGUUCAAAUUCAGGGGCCGAAUUCUUUUAAAGGACAUAAACCGGGAAAAUUGAACAGCCUGGCCUUUCGAUUUAUCCCUUACAUCUGCGUGAGCCCUGUCGCCUAGCAACCAUGACUGCGCCAAACACAAGCUAGCAAGAAUGUAACUCGAAAUGCUCCUGUUUUUUUUGUUUGUUUGUUUGUUUACAAUCUAUCUGAAUCGUAUUCGUUAAUUAGAUUAAUGAAGUCAAUGGAUGUCAGUGGAAGUGCGAAGGAUUCAACGUCCUUCAAAUCCAGGAGGAAGGAGGAUGAACGUCUGGGGGACUCGGAGGAGUCUCUGAAUUUGGAGCACUUUCGUCUAACGCGGGCUUCAACAGAUGUAGCCCCUGACUUUGGAUUCAAAUGUUCAAUUCAUCUGAUUGUCAGUUUGAAUGUUCACUGUAAUUUUGUUUUUACAUUAUCCAGAAUUUACAAUAGUAAUUCUUUAGAAAAGACUAUAAAAUAUGUUUUAAUGCAUUAUAGUCGGAGCCAGUGAAGUGAGUUAAUGUUGGCCUGCUAAUGCUAACUGUAAUUUUUAGGCUCAUUAAAAUAUCUGAUGCAGUAAUUCUGCUCUUCCUGUGCCUCAUAAAUGAGAAUAUAGAGAAAAUCAGUAAAAGGUUAAAUGGUUUUAAAACUUUUUUUCCCCCAACUCCAAUGUCAAAGAAAUUUUACAACAUUAAUUAUAAACUAGAGAAGCCAUUUUCUCUACUUUUAAAAAAAUAUAUUUGUACAUAAAGAACUAAUAAUUAAAAUUAUUUUAUGAGUACUAUCUAGAAACUUUAGUAAAAUUACAUAUGUCUAUCAUUUGUGAGAUUUUAACCACAGAGAUGAAAUGAACAACACUGACCUGUUAGUGUCUUGGAUAAAGGAUUUUUUUUGUCCUCAAACUCAGUGUGUUAGCAGCAUAAAAAAUAUUGGGUCAGCGUUUACAUUUUGAACAAGUCUGACAAAGGCCAAAUGGCUAGACUGGGUCGGCGCAUCGGCAAAGCUGCAGCUGCAGCUCCAGCUCCUGUAGGCCGUUCUGGGCUUCUGGUGGUUAUAGGAAGGGAAAAAACAGUGCUGAACCAGCAUCUGGGUCAAAGAUGACAAAGAUGCACACUGAGAAGAAAACAAGCUGUUUUGACGACUGUUUUGGCAGCAAAAGGGGGAUGAAGUCGCUAUUACGUGAUCUGAUCAGUGUGCUUCUAACUGCAGUCCACUGUAUAUUGUAUGAAAAGCAACAAAAAAAGAAAACUCCCUCAGAUAUGAUCUGGUGAUAAAACUUUGAAGCUGCUGUUAAAGUCAAGUCGUCACAUGUUUCCAACCAAAUCACGUGGCGUAUCCCCAACUUGUCAUCCUGCUCAUCAAUGAGAAUACUCACUGGAGAAUUUUUCAAGUUCCGCGUUUGAAAUGCCAAACCGGCCAGCUACACCUAUCCACUUUCAAGAUCUCUACAGCUAACAAGAUGUGAAGAGUGAUCAUUUUGAACACAGUUGGCUAACCAGAACUCAUGAAAUUCUAGCACACAGGUUAUUAGCUCAUUCUCUCUGAGCUAACCGGCCGUUAGCUUAUUCUCUCUGAGCUAACAGGCUAUUAGCUUAUUCUCUCUGAGCAAACAGGCUAUUAGCUUAUUCUCUCUGAGCUAACAGGCUAUUAGCUUAUUCUCUCUGAGCUAACAGGCUAUUAGCUUAUUCUCUCUGAGUAAACAGGCUAUUAGCUUAUUCUCUCUGAAUAAACAGGCUGUUAGCUAAACUUCUCUGAGCCGAAGAAUUAUUUUCUAACAGCUCUCAAUGUCUGAACCUAUUCCCCUAAUUAUGACCGCAGUUAACUAGCUUAACAAAUCACUCAGUGGCGCAGAGUAGACUAAGAGAACAGUGAAUUUGCUUUUUCCAGUCGUCAAAAGAGACGCACAUUGCCUCAGCACUCACUUCGUUUUCCAACAAGUGUUUCAGAAGUGUUUUCGGUUUGGUGUCAGUCGAGGUUUAGCGUAAACGAGCCACAAUGCCAAGGUUAAUAUCUUAACUUCAUGUAUUCAUAUUCUAUUUUGCAAGAUAGGCCUAUAUGUAUAUAUUUUUUUCUUUUUUCUGAAUGACUGAAAAUAGUGAUCCAGCAAUCAUUUAAUGUCUGAGCACUCCAGACACCGUUGUGUGCUUACCUUCUUGAAAACCUGUACUGAAUCCAAUGAGUUCCGAGUCUGAGCCGUCCUCGGCCUGCUGAGAGCUCCGUGUGGGAAGCGUGAAGUUGAAUCGGGGGCAGCUGGAAUCCCUCCAUUUGUGCACCAGGCUUGAAGUGGUAUUAUUUAAGGGCUGUGACAACUUUAGAGCUCGGAGUCAAGGUGAGGCGGUGAAAAAAUGUUGGAGAAAGUGUUGGGAAUAUUAAAGCAGCGGAUGGCUGUCUGGAGUCGAUGAUGAAAGCUAGAGGAAAACAGGAGAAUGAGGGGGAAGAUGGAUCAGAUGUGAAUGAUGUUGCGCUGUUUGUCUCUUCUGCAUGAUGUAAUCUAAUACUGAUAAUGUCUUGCCACUUGCAAGGUGCCGCGGACUAGGUUGUUGCAUUUUACAUUCCUGCAAGGUGGCUGUGUUUGUCUUUCUGAAUUAUGGUCUUGAUCAACUUUUGAGAACUGCUAACCUAAACUCUUCUUUUUUCCCCCCAUUAUUAAAUAUGUGGUGUUACAUUACAUGUUGAUGCAAUGUUCAAAGUUGUAAACGGAAAUUUGAAAUGUUUUUAAAUGUUCUACAUGCAUCAGGAGCUGCAUUUCCGUUCACCAUAUAAUUUUGCAAAUUAACACGUUUUUUGAUGAAAAGAUUUUUGAGUAUUGAAUUCAGCGUAUUUUGCAAAAAUGUUAUGGAAACAUUUUUUUUUUCCGCGUCACACGAGUCAUGUGAUCAAUAACCAAACGUUAUUGUUAAAAGUGGAGAAGACAGGAAGUGUUAAGAGGAUGAUGACGUGGCUUGUUUUUUGUUUUGUUUAACUCGUUCACUUGUUUCUUAAUUAAAGAAAAUCUAGCAAUUGAGAAAUUUUUAUUUUAUCUUUUUUUUUUUUUGUAUUAUGGGAACACCGACAAAAUUUGCGCACGUUCGUAACGGAAAUGCAGCUUCUGAUAAAUAAAUCUGAAAUCUU